UUUUUAUUCUGUAAACACAAAAACAUGUACAGAUAUUUGAAUACGUAAAACUACUGUCUUCAGAAUUAAGUGACGUAACCAGAAUUAUGACUUGUACCGAGCAUCAAAAUACACAAUGUACUCUCUAUUGUCCUGACCAUGACACGUUUUAUGUACAGCAUGCAGAGAAUCAAAACAUGGCACAUGUCAUGGAAUAAAACAGGUUACAUCUGAAAGGUCUUAUGAUGAACAGAAACGUCGUCUAGCCAUCAGUAUAAAAAAAAGUUAUAACGUUAGGAUAGAUAAUACUUUAACUAAUAGAGACAACAAUGAUGAAGAAAAUUGUUCAAUCACUAGUAUGUGUAUGCUUCCUAAUAGUGAAGUUCUGCUUGUUGAUGAAGGGAAUAGAAAACUGAAGAUAUUGAACAGUUCAUACAAGGUAAUAAACUACUGUGAUGUACAUGAAACUCCCUAUUAUGUAUGUUAUAUAGGCAACAAUACAGUUGUUGCUGGUUUAGGAGGCAUACAGUACGUGAAUGUGUCAGGUAAGAUAAAACUAAGACAAUUAACGAAGCUAGAUCAUAAAUGUCUCGAUAUAGCUUGUCACGGUGACACACUCUAUGUUAGCAGUAGUGACACAAUUUACAAAUAUGACAAAAACUGUAAACAAAAGCAAGUUAUCUAUCAAUUUGGUGAAAUUCGGACCAGGUUCAACAUAAACCCCAUUGCUAUAAGUGACAAUGGUGAGCGGCUCUACUUCAUGACAGUUACAGGUCUAGCUACAAUAGUUGUUAAAGGAAAUCAUAUAUUCAGUUCACAAAUUGACGAUUAUGGCAUACGUGAUAUAUGUAUUGCUGGUGAAGGUAUUGUUAUUGUAUUAGAUGUAAAAAACAAUGUUCAUCAACUGGAUUAUACUGGAAAAAAACAUCGGACUGUAGAUAGCAAGCCAAUAGAUAUUUCAAUUGCGUCUUCCAUGUGUUUCGACAGAGAAAGAUGUAGACUUAUUGUUGGUGGAUUUCAAGACAAGAUACAUGUUUACAAAUGCCAAGUUUUGCCAAAUUAUAUCAGUAUAGAUAUAUACAGUAGAAUCCCUACUUAAGACCACCCCGGAAUUAAGACCACUCCGCUAUUAAGACCAUUUUUUAAAAGAACAGAAUUUUCUGUUCUUUAUAUCAAUGGUUACAUGAUCCAGAAUUUAGACCACCCCGCUUAUCCACUUUUAAGACCACCAGAUUCAGCCCAAAUUCAUUGUUUAUUUGACCCCUCUAUUGAGACCACUGAUAUUAAAGCCAACACCUAUCUUAUCUUAAAUUUUGUUAUGAUCUGCUUGAAUUCUCUUAAGCUUGACACUUGAUUUCACAAGGUGUCAACAACUGUUGUUAUUUGGGUUAUUGUAUGAAAAAAAGGCGAGAAAGUAAAUUUUAUAGUGGUUUAAUGUUGCAGCACAUUUAUUUUAUGAAGAAUUAAUUUCUUAUUUAACAGGUGAAUUAUAUUUAUCAUUUAAUAAUCAAUAUUCAAAUCAGACUAAAUAGAAUUUAAUGUUAAAUUUCUCAGAAAUAUAUUUACAUCAGAUUAUAUAUUAUAACAUACUUUUAUAUUGUUAAUAUACAUAUUGUUUGGUCAUAUAACAUGACUAAAAUAGACCAUGGUCAUAAAGUAUGUAAGCAAUAAGAAUAUUCACAAUUAAGACCACUUUGUCAUGAUGGUGGUCUUAACUGAGGGUUUUUACUGUAUAGUAAAUAAAGAUGUUUUGGUAAUUUUAAAACCAAGAACCAAAUGAAAAAUGCAUUGCUAAACAACUUUUAUUUAUCAAAUUAUUAAGUUUGUAAGCUUGCUUAUUUCUUCAUCGAGUCAUUGCUUAAUAUUUUGAUAUCGCACUUAUGUACCUUGAAUGUAUUUGUAAGGACUUGUAUAUAUUAGAUAACUUUCUUAUAAUAA